UUCUUUACCAGGCAAGUAAGGUAAUUAUUAUCUGUAUCAAUAGGUACCUACCUUUGCUGGUUCUCCUCCUUCUCCUCAUCUUGUUCCCCAAAACAGCUGCCCAUCCUUGCCAAGCCGUCCAAGCUUCCCGCAGCAGCAGCCCCAACAUUCGCGACUGCCCUCCUCUGCCGUCCCCGUCAAUACAAUAACACAACUACCUUUCGCAUACUUCUGCCUCUUCCGCCUCCUCAUCAUCUCUGCCUCCUUCCUCCCUCACUCCUCCCUUCUCUCUCCUCGCAUACGAUUCCGCUGGCGGCUUACCCUAACCGGCUCCUACUCUACCUCACACUUAUAUCCGCAAUUCCCAUCUCCCUUCUUCUGAGCUCCCAUCUCCUUCCCCACUCUUCUUCCGUCAUCAUGCCGACAGACUACAAAAAGCUCGUUCCCCAAGCCCGCUCCUACAAAUCAGGCAACGUCACUGUCGAGGUUCCCGGCGUAGAGAAGAAGGAUGGCGAAACCAUUCCUCGUCGAAAUGUCAAGGCAAAGGACGGUCUGGUCCUCACUCCUGCUGAGGGCGUCGAGACCCUCUAUGACGUCCUGCGCUACGCUUCCUCAAAGUACGGCAAUGCUAAGGCGGUCGGUUCGCGCAAGAUCCUCAACACUCAUGAGGAAACCAAGAAGAUCAAGAAGAUGGUCGACGGCCAACAGCAAGAGGUAGACAAGAAAUGGACCUACUUCGAGCUCAGUUCCUACAAAUACAAGAGCUUCGUCGAGUUCGAGCAAGAGGCACUCGCCUUGGGCGCCGGUCUGAAGAGCCUCGGCCUCGAGCACCAAGACAGGCUUCAUCUCUUCGCUGGCACCAGCUCCCAAUGGCUCGCCAUGGCACACGCAUCUUUCUCACAAUCUGGCGCCAUUGUCACCGCAUACGACACUCUCGGAGAAGAGGGCCUCAAGCACUCAAUGUUGCAGACCAAGGCCAAGUUCAUGUUCCUCGACCCUGUCCUCCUUCCCAAGCUCGUCAAUCCCUACAAAGACGCCAAAGAUGUCAAGGUCGUCAUCUACAGCACCAAGGACGAGCCAAAGCAAAAGGACAUCGAUACCUUCACUCAGGCCCAUCCUCACAUCAAAGUGCUCAGCUUCGAUGAUUUGCUCAAGCUAGGCAAGGAGAACCCAGCCGAGCCUGUUCCCCCCAAGCCAGAAGACCUAGCAUGCAUCAUGUACACAUCCGGCUCCACCGGUACACCGAAGGGUGUACUCAUCAAGCACAGGAAUGUUGUCGCAUCCAUUGCCGGUGUCAACGUCAUCGUAGGCCCAUACUUGGGUCCUGGCGAUUCGCUUCUCGCCUAUCUUCCGCUUGCGCACAUUCUCGAGUUCGUCUUCGAAAACGCCUGCCUCUUCUGGGGAGGCACCAUGGGAUAUGGAACCAUCAGGACGCUCUCCGAUACCUCCGUCCGUAAAUGUAAGGGAGAUAUCCGAGAGCUAAAGCCAUCGGUUCUCGUCGGAGUUCCCCAGGUUUGGGAGACGGUCAAGAAAGGUAUUGUCGGAAAGGUUGAGGCCGGCGGCGCAAUCACCAAGAACCUGUUCUGGGGUGCCCUUGCUGCUAAAGGCUUCCUUCUCAGCUCCGGACUACCAGGAAGCGGCGUCCUCGACUCUGUUGUAUUCAACAAAGUCAAGGAUGCCACCGGAGGCAGGUUGCGAAUCUGUCUCAAUGGAGGUGGACCGAUCGCGAAGGAGACGCAGCGUUUCAUCUCUCUCGCAAUCACGCCCAUGAUCAGUGGUUAUGGUUUGACCGAGACUACUGCCAUGGGCGCCCUUAUGGAUCCCCUUUCCUGGACCGACAGUGCUCUCGGAGAGUUACCCGCUUGCAUUGAGACUAAGCUCGUUGAUUUCGCCGAUGCCGGUUAUUUCUCGACAAACAAGCCCCCACAAGGUGAGAUCUGGAUCCGCGGAGGUGGUAUCACCGCUGGCUAUCUAGACCUCGAACAAGAGACUAAGGAAUCCUUCACCGAAGACGGCUGGUUCAAGACUGGUGAUAUCGGAGAGUUUGACCACAAGGGUCAGAUCAAGAUCAUUGACCGUAAGAAGAACUUGGUUAAGACACUCACUGGCGAGUACAUUGCGCUGGAGAAGCUGGAGUCCGUCUACCGGUCCGCCCCCGUCGUAGCAAACAUUUGCGUCUACGCAGCCUCGGACAAAUCUAAGCCUAUCGCUAUCAUCUACCCCGCUGAGCCUGCUCUUAAGAAGAUUGCCUCAGAGAACGGUAUUGAGGGAGAUCACUUGGAGGAACUGGUCCACAAUAGCAAGAUCAACUCCAUCAUCUUGAAGCAGCUCCAGACCGCUGGCCAGCGGGGUGGUCUUGCAUCUUUCGAGAUUAUUGAAGGUGUUGUCUUGGCCGAUGAGGAAUGGACACCCCAGAACGGUUUGACCACAGCUGCACAAAAGAUCAACCGUAAGGGAAUAUUGGAGCACUGGAAGAAGGAGGUCGACCAUGCUUACGGAAGGAGCUAGAUCGGACUUGAGGGAAAGAUCUAAAGCUUCUUCCGAGGUGGUGGUCCUGUCAAGGUGUUGGCGUUCGAGGCAUGUCACAUAACUCCCGCUUCCAUGUUGCAUCAUGAUGAUACUGGUCGGCUUUUGGUGUGAAAGUCUUUUUUUUCUUAUUUAAUGUAUUUUUGAAAGCGCGCUGAUAUACUAUUGUGAAUCUAUUCGUAUCUAUCAUUUCCUCACAUCAUCGAUUAUUGCUUCCGUUCCAACCCUCCUCAAUCACCAGAUUCAAACACAUCCAUCCCACCAUCCACUCCUAAUACUAAACCCUACGUCAUGGUAGUAGUAACAGUACUCUGAAACCUACUGAACGUACAUCACGCUCACAAAAUUGAACCUAUCAUGUCCUCUCCUCGUCUGCUCUCCCG